UACAGAACUGAAAUAGACUGAGGGACCACAGCAACAGUGGACUACCUAGGCUACGUGAACGGACUAUUCAUACAUUUUCACCGUGCGCCUCGUUUGUCAUAAUUUCUCUUUUCUUUGAGUGGAGUUUUGGCAGGUCUUGUAAAUGUUUGUGGGAAUUUAUUUUCGGGUGUUUUUAUGUUUGCUGCCCUUAUGGGUUGUUGAUGCAAGUGAGUGUCCUGGAGGCGAGAUAACAGUAAAUCCUGAGACACUUAUUGUGAAAUAUGGGGAUUCUGUGGAGGUGAACUGUAGCACAUCAGUACCGCACGAUGGGAUGGGCUGGGAGUCCGUGGUUGGGAAUAAGGGCAUUCAGGAAGACGUCCAGCUGGUUACCUGGACUGUUGAAGCGUUAACAGAUUGGGAAGUGUCAGCUAUGUGCUUCAUCAAUCGUUUGGAUGACUAUGGAGGACAGUGUAUGACAGCACUUCCUAUCAUUCUGUACAAGGAUAUAGAACAGGCACCUGUACUAUCCUCUAAUCAUACUGGACCGAUGGUUGAGGGAACGACAUAUCAUCUCCUGUGUGACAUAUACAACGUUGCGCCCAUCCGAUACCUCACUGUGACGUGGUACAGGAAUGAUAUACCUAUAGACAGUCGUUCCCCAGCUGACAACAGCGACUGGACCCUCCCAAUAAAUGUGACAGACAUCUUGCGGAUCACCCCAACGAGACGUGAUGACGGAGCCCAGUUUCGGUGUGUGGCAGAGCUCAAUCUGGGAGAAGGGGGACCCCAACCGCCACCUCCAAAAAUGACAUCUCAAGAUGUUAACAUCACUGUGCACUAUGGUCCAGUAUCAACCAACUGUCCAUCUAGCGUUGGCAUAUCAGAGGGGGAAACAUUAGCCAAAUUGUGUCCCUUUGAAGGAAAUCCACGUCCUACUGUUACAUGGUUAUAUCAAGGGUUGGUACCUGUAGACCCCAGCCGUCCACUCACAAGAGAGGACAGUGAUCACUAUGUUGUCGAUGCUACAGGACUGACGCAGAGGAGAGAACUGAUUUUUGUCAAUGUGAUGUAUGGCCCAGUAUUCGACUGUCCGAGCAGUUACACUGUAGAGGAGUAUACGUCUCUUAACCUGUCAUGUAAGGUGAAAGGUUACCCUGUGCCUGACGUGCUAUGGCUUAAAGAUGGUGAGGAAGUGGUUUUGCCAGAUGAACUCAACAGGGGAUAUGGGGGCCAGUAUUUAAUCUUGGCAAACAGCAUACAUGGAAAUGCCUCUCACUUGCUUGAGAUCAAAGUCCUCUAUCCUCCCUCAGGCAUUGCUGAACUUGAGGACACUGAGGUAGAGGUGGUGGGGUCUGAUGUGGUGUUGAAAUGUGCUUCUCAUGGAGACCCUCGGCCAGAGUACAGGUGGAACUACCGCCGGGUCAAAAAUGUGAGGGUGAAGAAUGAGGAUGGGGUGUCCCUUCUGCACAUACAUGGAGCCACUGGAGAAAACAUUGGAACAUAUACAUGUUUUGCCUUCAACAGUCUUGGAGAGGAGAGCAAAUCGGUCAGAGUCACUGUGAAAGGUGUACAGGCUACAUGCCCAAUAGAGUUUUCCAUUGAUGGCAAACUAAUGAAUGAAACAGUGGUGGAAUAUAGCAAGAACGUGUCAGUCAAAUGCGAAGUGUCCACCAAAGAACAAGCAACGCUUGAGUGGUUACUCUCAAACAAACACAGCACCACAGGAGACACUUGGACAGAGAGAGCCCUAACAGACUGGGAUGUGAAGCCAGGGUGCAAAGCAACUUUUGAGCACAAGAACUGCCAACGGAACUUCAAUAUUACUCUUUUUAAAUCUCCAGAAGUGUUAUCCAUCCGUUAUCAGAACCACUCUCAACCAGUCGUUGAUGGCAACGAUUAUACACUUGUGUGUGAGAUUCUAAACAUUGCACCAGUCAAGAACCUUGUUGUGAACUGGUACAAGGAAAUGCAGACAAACGAAAAAAAUCGUUCAUCUAUGGUUCAUGAAGAACAGUUCUCGGAAAACACCAACAAGCGACCCCAAAAUGUUUCCUCUACGAUCCUCAUCAAUGCCAACAAAUCCGAAAACGGGGUGCAGUACUGGUGUAAGGCCACGCUGAGGCUGGGACCACUCAAACCCCAGGAAGUGAAAUCAUCAGCCUUCACCGUCAAUGUGCACUAUGCACCAAGUAUCAUGCAGCCAAAUGUCAGUGCUGUGCCUGUGUUCAACGACUACCAGGAGGUAUUGGUUUGUGAAGCAGAUGGGAACCCCAAGCCAGAUAUCACUUGGAUCUACAAUAACAAUUCCACCAAAGGACACAAGCUCACCAUCAGCAUCAAAAUGGAGGGGGUGAUCAUUUGCAAUGCAAGCAACAAGUAUGGCUUUGCUUCGAAAACCAUCAAGUUGGUGCCCAAAGAGGACUACUUGCCCCUGAUUGCAGGCUUCGUGGCUGUCGUGGUGGUGAUCAUCUCUGUGAUCUUUGUUUUCAUCUACUCCAUCUACUACACAAACACCAAGAUGGGCCACUACAGCCUGAAGGACGCCAAGCCCAACAUGCAAAAGGGCGACGUAGCGCAGAACGGCCUAGACAGCAGCCUCCCCAUGAAAAAGCUCUCCCAACAGAACAUCUACGUCAUGGGUGUGACUCCGUGACUUUGGUGCACACUCUGAGGACAAGCCUGACUUAAAGCAGGCUCAAGGUAGAUUUGAGGAUCUGGACCAGCCCAUGAGACACGUACAGGAACAGAGAGGGUUAUGGGUCCUGAGCCAGGUUCACAGGAACACACACUUCAAAGUCUUCAUCCAAAUCUGCUCGAAGCUUGGCAGAUCUGAUUAGCCUGGCAGCACAAUAGAGAAUGACAUUGUUAGAAAAUAACAAUGUCAUGAUUUCUUUCCCUCCUUUGUGAUAUCUUUUUUUUUUUUUUUUGCCCCAGGAAGCCAAAGGACCACUUGUAGUGAAUCAUUAUUUUACACCGUUACCCAGUACAGCCCAAGCUGUAACCUAAGCUUACCUGCUAAGCGUAGCUUACCAAGAGAAUAUUGUGCAUUCCGGCAUGUUCUUUCCCCUGCGUCGGCUAUGUAGCUUGGGUGUCCGGUCCGCUGUAUACUCUGUAUGCAGGAGGUGCUGUGAUCUGAGGUUGUCACUACUACGUUAUCGUCAUCAACAUGCUGGACUGGGUGUGUGGCACUGUUUUGUUUUUUGUUUGUUUGUUUGUUUGUUUGUUUGUUUUUAAUGGUGCUUUUGUAGAUUUCUCUUUCUAUGAAUGUCACUGGAGACAUGCCUGGCCCUGUGUAUGAAAUCAUGCUGUUUUGUCAUCUCAUGCAUGUAUUGGGCCAUAUGAAUGAACUUAUUGUAUGUCAGUAUGUCAGUAUCUACGUUUCUGAAUGUAAACAUGAAGAGUUCAGAUGCAAAACCCUCUAAACGCCACAUCCGUCAAAAAUGAGAUAGCGGUGGUGUGAAUGCUCUCUACGCAUCCUCUACGUUGAUCAAAUGAUUUAGCUUCAAAACCUGCUAAAUACCACUCUCUUCCUGGUCUGAAGUAUCGGAUAUCCUGAAGGAACCUAAUGGGGAAAAAAUGCUGAUCUUAAACAAAAGUGGUCAGACGGUUUUAGAGGGUUUUGCAUCUGAACUCUUCAUAGCUCUGUGAUAUGAAGUAGACCUUGGGUGCCUCUCAUUUGGUCUUUAAUACACCCUCCCUUCCUUCCUCGAUCCUCGUCUUCACUGAUCUAGAUAAAGAAUGAUGGGGCGGCAACAAUGGGAUAGUCUACUGUAUCCAGUGUUAGUUAUAGAUCAGUGGGAACGAGCCUCGAGGAUCUAGGAGAGAGUUUGAGAGCCACACCUUGUGUCAUUUCUGUUUGGGGAUCUAAACAAGAUGCAAAGAAGGAGGCAUGAGAGAGUAUGCAAAGCCCCUGACUUAAAUACAGCUGGGUUUGUUUUAUGGAGACGUACUGUAGCACAAUGUCCACCGCUGAGUGAGGAUUAUGAAUCUUUUAAGAGGCACGUCAGCACAUUAUAGUUAAAUAAAGUGGUGAUUCUAAAGCCGCAGUGUUGCGCUUUUUCCUGCCUCUUAAAGUAUUCAACCCUUAAAAAGCUGCACCUGCAAAAAACCCUAUCAAGGUGUGCAGGUCAUUUCUUGAUUAUGAAUCCUUAAAAUUAAAAUGUUAUUUGCGAAUACCCAUACUAAGAUUUUUGUAGGACUGCCUAUGGUAUUUGCAAAUGGAGUCUAUAUGUGCCUAUAUGAAGGAUGUCUUUGGCUUUGCCGAAAUGAAAUUGACUGCUUGCAUUAGCAUAUAUCUGCCUUGAUGCUGGGGCCUGUUGUACACUGGAUGAGAGCUGUGAUAUCACACUGUAGGCAUAUGGAGUCUGGUUUUUUUUACGAAGAUGGAAAGCUAAUCUGCAUAACUGAAGGAUGUAUUUAAUUUAUAUAAAGUAUUUCAUAAUAUCUGUUGUAUGACUGCUUUACUUAAGGAUAGAGUUGCUCAUCCCUUAUGAGACGAAUCCAUAUUCCUAUUUUACUAUUUAGAAUCUUUAGUACAGGAGUUCCCAACCUUUUUCUGGCAGGUGACCCUAUUUUGAUCAAUGGGUUGAUGGGUGUGCGUACUAUAGCAUUAAUUCCUGCAGGCACCCCUGUAGAUGGCCAUGAUGCAAUAUGGCACCACCAAAUAAUAAUAACAACGGUCAGCUAGUAACUUAACUUGCCACGGCCCAGAGGAUCCGCU